GCAGUAACAUCUGGGAAUUACACUUAUAGUGUCUCUCCUGGUGUCUCAUCACUUUUAGGUUGAAAGAAGGCCUCAGAAUGUUUUCUCCAUUGGAACUCAAACUGCUACCGGUGUUGCUGGGUUGUAUCUGGGGUCUGGGUGACGUGGUUGUUUCUUCCUCUGAAGUAAUAGCACAUGUGGGUGACUCAAUCCUACUGGACUGUGUUUUCCGGAGCGCUGUGAUGAAACAAGUGAUUAAAGUAGACUGGAGGUUCUCAGCAAGGGAGCAUGAACAGGAGGAACUCGUGCUCUACUAUUAUGCUAACCUCAGUGUGCCUUUGGGGCGGUUCACAGACCGUGUUCGCUUUGUGGGGAAAAUCUCAGACAACGAUGGCUCCAUCUGGCUGCAGGAUGUGAGAGAGGCUGACCAAGGAGUCUACACCUGUGAGAUCCAGAUCCACCAAGAGAGCUUUGGUUUUAAGAAGAAAACUAUGCUGCAAGUGGUCCCAGUUAAGCCCACAACACUGAAGCCCACAGAAGCCUUCAGAACUGAUGUGCUGAGUAGCUAUCACCAUGUGAUCAUCGUAGGGAUUGUUUGCUUUACCAUCAUACUGCUUGCUGCCCUGGGAGUAUCCAUGAGGAGGAGUCAGCGCCACCACAGAUCAGGAAACCAUCCUGAGAAUACUAUUAAGGCUAAGCCAGAGGUAGAGGCACAUGUUUACUCCACAGUAACCACUGAGAUUGAAGAAGAGGAGUCAAGCAGAGCGUCAGAGGCCACCUACAUGAGCAUGCAACCCGUUUGGCCUUCCCAGAGAGCAGAGAGGAAUAAAUCAUCUGAGAUAAUGCCAGAAACAGAACAAAGUUUUGGAGGACCAAGGUUUAUCACAAGACCCCUAACAAAGGAAGAUAACAUCUUUCAGUAGCCAUUGAUUCCUCAUUUUUCCUGAGCCAAGUUGCAGUUAUGUCCCGAAGCUCUCCUGCAGUCUUCUCCAUGUGCUGCUUAGGUUGAGAGUUGAAGAUGGAGACCUUCAUUUGUGAUGGAAAGAGACUUUGGGAGGAAAGAGUCCUUAGAAGAGUAAUGGGCCUCUGGGAUUAAUUCAGUAGCAAAUGCAAUGCAGCAAACUGUUCUGAAGUAUUUGAUGUGUGGAGAGGCCUCUAUCAGGUUCUUGGAAGAAAAAAAAUAUGGCUAAGACGCAGCCCUUGCCCUA